GUCUCUGUGGCCGCUUUGCUUGUCCUCUUAACCAUUUGACACUGAUAGAUACUGCCCUCUCUGUGUCUCUGCGUGUUGCCUUCUUCCCUUUGAGCUCCCUCGCUCUCCAUUGCUGCUGCUUUCAUCAGAGCUGAUCCCAACUUGGAUUUUGUUCGAGUCCUUCCGUCCUUCACUUGAGUUAUUGGACUAUGGCAUCAUCUGAUAAACCAGAGAUAGUUGAAAGGGAUGCCAAAGACAAAGAACAAAAAGACCAUGACAAAGAUGAAGGGGAUGGUGGAUUUAUUGACAAAGUAAAGGAUUUCAUUCAUGACAUUGGUGAGAAGAUAGAGGAGACCAUUGGAUUUGGCAAGCCAACUGCUGAUGUUACAGGGAUUCACAUUCCUUCUAUUAAUCUUGAGAAGGCUGAGAUAGUUGUUGAUGUUCUUGUGAAAAAUCCAAAUCCGAUUCCAAUUCCUCUCAUUGACAUAAACUACUUAAUUGAGAGCGAUGGAAGGAAGCUGGUAUCUGGCUUGAUUCCUGAUGCUGGGACAAUCCAUGCUCAUGGUUCUGAAACUGUCAAGAUACCAGUUACUUUGGUAUUUGAUGACAUAAAAAAUACAUAUCAUGAUAUAAAGCCUGGAAGUAUAAUUCCUUACAAGGUCAAGGUUGACCUCGUAGUUGAUGUACCAAUCUUUGGAAGGUUGACCCUUCCACUUGAGAAAACAGGAGAGAUUCCCAUACCUUAUAAGCCUGAUAUUGAUCUGGAAAAAAUACGUUUUGAGAGAUUUUCUUUUGAAGAAACUAUUGCUGUUCUUCAUUUGAAAUUGGAAAACAAGAAUGACUUUGAUUUGGCCCUCAAUUCACUAGACUAUGAGGUCUGGCUUACUGAUGUCAGCAUUGGAGGUGCAGAACUAUCAGAAUCCACUAAGAUUGACAAAAAUGGUAUUAGUUACAUUGAUAUUCCCAUCACCUUCAGGCCAAAAGAGUUUGGCUCAGCUCUUUGGGACAUGAUCAGAGGAAAAGGCACUGGUUACACCAUGAAAGGACACAUCAAUGUGGACACACCAUUCGGAGCAAUGAAGCUACCCAUUAGCAAGGAGGGUGGCACAACCCGCCUUAAGAAGAAUAAAGAGGACGGUGAGGAUGAUGACGAUGAGGUGUACCUGGAUCCAAUCCAGUUUUCGAGAAGUGAGAUAGAGGCUGUGUAAAGACAAAAGACUUAGUUUGGUUUGGCACUAAGUGAUCACAGAGCUACUGAGAUUGAUUCACUUAGUUGAAGUUUUGACUACUAUACCAACAAUGUAAAUAGGGCAAAAGUAAAAAGAGACACCCAACACUUCUCAUGUGUGUCAUUUUAUGGACACACGAUCAUUGGGUUUUGAUUCUUCAACCUCUAUACAAACUUCUUCCCAUGUCCAAUCAUUUACCUGACUCUGGAGUUUGUUUGAUCUUUUUAUUGCAUCAACAUGUACAGUUCUGUGAAAAACAUUCAAAAUGUUUCGACUCCUUUGCCACCUCAUUGUAACUCUUCAAUGAUACCAGUAAUGAGUUAUGAUUGUGUUUGUGAUUACAAAUUUGUUUGACUUGUGCAGCGAAUUUUACUUUGGUCCCAUCUCUUUUUCUUAAAGUCCCAUGCUUACUGUGUAUCCUGUGGCUGUGUAUCUCUGUCAUUGCAAUUUUGCUAUACAAACCGUAAUGAUGUAUUUAGGUGUAUCUGGACCUAAUUCAAUUUCGGAAGAUUGAGAUUGAGCAAGUCACAAGAUUUAGUUUGGAUUACCACUAAGGAAGUCACUUAUUUGAAGGUAAAACAUUCACACCAACUAAACAAAUAGUGCACACAACACUUUUUACAUGGAAAAUCUUUGUGAGAAAAAAUUACAGUAAGUCACAGGACCUUAUCCAAUCAAGCAACCUCACUAUGAAUGAGAAACAAGUAUAAGAAGAAACUUAUUACUACCCUAGGAUACUUAUCUUGUGGAUGCUCAAUCAUUGGGUCUUGAUGCUUUGAUAUUUUGAGUUAGUUCUUCUAGCAGUGACCAUCAAUAUUCAGUGAUGUCUAGAAAAUGGAGCUUCAGCAAUUUAAGAUGCUUCCAAGGACUAAGAUUCAGAUCAAUAUUGCUCGAUUGUGGCCAAGACUCCAAAUCACUUUUGGAAAGAAUGGAAACUCAUGUGAUCAACCAAUAUAGGAUCUACACCUUUUUCUCUUCAGCUCUCAGUGAACACUUGAUGCAAAGUAAUUGAUCACCUGCAUAGAGUAGCUGUCAACCAGCAAAGAAUUCUGUGCAAGCUCUGUUGAUUGCCUUUUCUAGUGAGUCACUUAGGUGUAUUACCAAGCCUAAAAUUUCUUGCCUCAUAUAAAGAGAAUAGAAAUCCUGUUGAAAUCCGUUGAUUGUUUGCUUUAUCUUUGAAGUCGUUAGAAUGGAAUCUCAAGAAUAUUUCAGCCUUUGGCUCCCAAACGAUGAGAACUAAAAUCCUAAAUUGAGCAACUUCUAAAACAGCAGACUGGAAUCCACCUUUGCUGUAUCUUGAGACUUGCCACAAUUCUUUGUUAGUAUUUAUUUCGUGCUGCAAUAAGGUUCUCCCUUUGAAUCUACUGGAAUA